AUGCCUCGUAAGCGUAAGCCUACUCGUGGAUAUAAAAACUAUCUCAACAAUUUCUGUCAAGGUGCCUGGGGGUCUACACCGAGAUAUGAGGAUGAAUUUGAAGGCCCUCUUAAUAAUGGAAUUUGGACCUCUUAUGUGUACAUUCAUGGGGAACAAUACGGACGAGGCAGGGGAGCGACUCUGUUGGGAGCGCAAGAAGAGGCUGCCUCGUGUGCUUUAAGGACGUUACAGGACCAGCAGGCAACGUGA